AAGUGAAGUGUUUUAAGUGUCCCAGUAGGAUUGAAAAAGGCGCACUGUGUUUUUUUCUUUUUGGAUUGCUUUAAGCUGUGAGGCUCACUGACACGGACUUGAAAAUAAAUGUUAAAGAGUGUGGAUGCGCACUUUAAGUGUUUUUUUGUUUUACCUGGGUUGAGUUUCCCUCACGCCGAAUAGGCCUCGUCUUGUUUACAGUCCUUGUUCCCGGCAACAACGUCAUCAGGCGCAUCUGACAUCCCGGAGGCGGGGACCACAGAGGAAACAACCAAUCAGCAGGCAGGUUGGAGCGCUCGUGGAGCCGGAUGAUAUAAAAGUAGCGGAGCUCUCCGGACCGCCUGUCAUUUAACAGGAAACAGGAGUGGAGCUCAGACUCAGAGCAGAAAAGACUCUCCUACACACGAGUGGAAUCAAAACAUCUGAAUUAGUCACUGGACUCCGCUUUGAAUCCAACUCUAAAGGUACAAAUCGACGUCUUGGUACAGUACAGUUCCACUAUUUUGGAAGUUUUGCUCUGUUUUUGAUAGUUUUGGUCUUCAGUAGGCUAUAAUAAUACAGCGGGACUUUGUGCUGGAGAUUUUGGGACGCUACAGCAUCUUUGAAGCGCACUCUUGUAUUUGACUGUCUUAUUUGAAAUAUGUCCACAAUAAUGGAACAGCCUUUUUAUGACGACUCGUUUCUUUCUGCUUAUGGCCAUUCAGGCGCAGCCCUGCCAGACUACAAGCUCCUAAAGCAGAAUAUGAACUUGAACUUCUCCGAUUCAUAUCGGAACUCAAACUUCAAGCCACAGCACCUGCGCGCAGACAGUGAUUUCUAUACGGCCGGCACGGCGGACUCACUGAAGCUCGCCUCUCCUGAACUGGAGCGCCUGAUUAUCCAGAACAGCAACGGGGUCAUCACCACCACACCGACACCUGCCCAGUAUCUGUACAACCGCGGGAUCACGGAGGAGCAGGAAGGCUUUGCUGACGGUUUUGUUAAAGCACUGGACGACCUGCACAGGAUGAACCAGAUGGCGCCUCCAAACGUGUCCAUCGGUGGCGUGGCUUGUGGCGUCCCCGGCGGAGUUGUGUGCUCGGCUCCAGCCUCAGUUUUCGGCUCAUCCAUGCAGCCAGAAGCGCUCGAGUACACAACCUUGAGCAGCUGCACCACCAACCCCAGUCUGUCCUCUGGCAGCAGCUACCCCUCCACCACCAUCAGCUACCUGCCGCACCACCAGUACCAGCAUCCCCAGGCCGUUGCGCACGGAUCUCACCACUUCCAGCACUCCCUGGCCGGCGCUGGCAUCCACUCGCAGCGGUUCGCCGGGUUGAAAGAGGAGCCCCAAACCGUCCCUGACAUGCAGAGCAGCGACGGGUCUCCUCCCAUGUCCCCCAUUGAUUUGGAGAACCAGGACCGGAUGAAAGCGGAGCGCAAGCGGCUGAGGAACCGGCUCGCAGCCUCCAAGUGUCGGAGGCGCAAACUGGAGCGCAUCUCUCGCCUGGAGGACAAGGUGAAAGUGCUGAAAACAGACAACGCCGGACUGUCAAACACGGCUUCUGUGCUGAGGGAGCAGGUGGCCCAACUCAAACAGAAAGUCAUGACACAUGUGAGCAGUGGCUGCCAGCUCAUGUUGGCGCCCAAAGUGAAGUCUUACUGAAGAAACAAUGCACUUUUAAAAACACUGGACACAAACUGCACUGAUAAUAUAAUGAACAAUGUUUUUGUACAUUGUAUUUAUGAGAAAAAUGGACUCGUAUGGUUUCUGAAAGACAAACGACAGAAAUCAUAAAAGACUACAACACUUGGGGCAUUUUUAAAAAAAAGUUUUUAAAAGUGUCGUCUUGGCUUUGCCUGUUUACAUUUUACUUUAACUGCUAUCUGUGACACAUUCCUGUAAGUUAUUUGCGUUUGUCAGGUUGAGCCUGAUGAGCAUGCGCUUUUUUUUACUUGUACAGUAUAUAUUUAAGUAAAUGAAAUUAUGAAACUAA